AGUCAAAUUAAACAAAGUUUGACACCAUGUAUAUAUUUUACAGAUAUAUUUAAUUUGUGUGUAUUAAUAGAUGGGGGACCGCAACGACGGCGGCAAUAAUCUGCCACCGGGUUUCCGGUUCAGCCCCACGGACGAGGAGUUGGUGGUGCAUUUCCUCCACCGCAAGGCGGCGCUCUUGCCGUGCCACCCCGACGUCAUCCCCGAUCUUGAGCUCUAUCCCUAUGACCCUUGGCGCCUUAAUGGGAAAGCAAUGGUUGAGGGAAAGAAAUGGUAUUUUUAUAGCAGAAGAACGUCCAACAGAAUAACGGAAAACGGAUUCUGGAGGCCGAUAGGAGUUGACCAGCCGAUAAUCUCCAGUUCCGGUGCCGGAAAGAUCAUUGGGAUGAAGAAAUUCUACUCUUUUUACGUCGGGGAGCCGCCGGAAAGUGGGGUGAAGACGGAUUGGGUAAUGGAGGAGUACAGGCUCUCUGAUCUCUCUGCUUCCACCAGCACUAAAUCAUCAUCUAGGGGAAGAAGAAGAAGAAGUGCCCAUUCCAUUUCCAAUAUUGUGGAUCAUAGCAAAUGGGUGGUUUGUCGAGUGUAUGAAGAGAAGUAUGAGAAUGAAGGAGAUGAUAAUGGAAUUGAGCUUUCAUGCUUGGAUGAAGUCUUCAUGUCACUAGAUGAUGAUGAUGAUGAUCUUGAUGAGAUUUGUUUGUCAUGCUCUCAGCCCUCUUCUUCUUCUCACUCUGAGUCUUCUUCUCCUCCUGUUACCCCUUUAACUCGCCGCCCCUCUCACCAAUCUAGCUCCCAGGCCCAGGAAAUAGUUGCCCAGGAGCCUGUUCCUUUGAACCAACUGCCCGGUCGGUUCAAUCCCAAGAUCCUCAGCUGGGACCAGUGGGAAGAACGAUUGGGAUCAAUGGGCUACCUAGCCCUUGACUCAGGACCGGUCUUCAAAGAGUCCACUAGGGUUACAAAAAAGGUCCUGGCCGAGUUUCCACUCUCCAAUCGUGAGUGGGCUGACCGGGUUACAAAACCCGAAAGGGUUCACCCGGAGCCCACCAAAGAGCUAGAGGAAGCCUGCGAGAAACUUCUCAAGGGUGAUCCUAUGACCGGUAAGCCAUACGCCUACGGUGGAUGGGUAUACCGGUUACCUAACCCGGAUGGGGACGUGUCUGCGACCCAUGACGCAGGAGAUGACCGGGCUGAUUCCCCGGAUGGUCACGCUGAGGCCGGCUCUCCUCAUCCAGACAUGAACUUCAACAGGAUGACCACCAUCAUUGAGGAUGACGACGAUGAUGUCCAAGUCCUCAACUCCAACCGGUCUCCUCUCUCCAAGCCUCACUCUCCUCCCUUCUUCCCUGAAAUGGAUGGGGCCACAAGUGCCCGGUGUAGCCCUAUCCAGAGCCAAAAACUGAACUCUCCUCCAGCCACCCAUCUCUCCGAAAGUGACCGGGUCCCUUAUCCCAAGAAGGAUGUCAAGGGCAAAGGGAAGGGGACCGGUCAUUCUUCUUCUCAGAAAAGGAAGAGUUCCCACAAGACUUCCAGGGGGGAAAAGAGGAAGAAGGUCAGGCUAUCAGAUCUAGAAGGGGAGUCCAUUGAAGUGACAUUUUUAUCCUUGGCCCAGAAACUCAGCAAGGUUGGAGUUCUAUCCGAAGAAGUUGGCCGGUCACUCCUGGAGUCCAAGGACCAGCGUCAACACCUAAAGGACCACGAGCCGUUGGGUAUGGACUUCCAGACGAGCAAUCGUGUUAAAUGGGCCACAGGCCGUUGGGUACAUACUCCAUACGAAACACUGGGCUAAAGACAAACGGUCCACUAGGAAUGAACGUCUAGACGGACACCUUGACAAACGAGGUGGGCCAAAACCUGCUCUGAUACCAUGAUAGAACUUAGGAUGGUGUAAAGAUAUCUGGAUUGGGCUAUAAGACACUUGGGCUGAACCAUAUUAAAAAAUUGAAUCCAAUCAAUUAGUUAGUUCAAU